AUGAUGCUGGACUUCAACGCGCAUGGCCUUGACCCGGCCUGGGCCGAGCCGCCAACGGAGAAGGUGCAGGAGUUCUUCGACACCUUGUCGGAGAGCUAUGUCCGUGACGAGCCACUGCUCAUCCAGGACACCACCAAGGCCGAACUGGACUACAUUGCCGCCAGGGCGGCGGAGGCGGCGCUUGCUAGGGAGGCCGACAGCGUUGGCGCCGUGGAGGACGAGGCCAAUGCGGCCGCGGAGGAGACGGAGCUCGCCCAGUGGGCGGAGUCUGCCGGGGAGGCCAGCGGUGCCAACGCCAAGACCCCCCUUGUUGAAGACGCGGGCGACGAGUCGUCCGAAGAGGAGGUCGAGGUGAACGAUCCCCCGGUCGCGGGGAGGAAGCGUGUCCUGCGGCAGGCCAGCUGUGGUGAGCCGGUCCGGUCCGGCAGGACCUCGCAGCGGCAGCCGCCCCAGGAGCAGCUCGUGCGCGAGACGAGGGCGAUGAAGGCCGCGGCAACGACGAAGGCGGCGAAGGCCGUGGUGGCGAAGAGGAAGGUGACUGCUGCCUCGUUGUCCAAGCGGUACCGGACCCCAUCUCCUUCCCCUCCGGACAGCACCUUGGAGGCUGAGUUUGACCUCGGAUCUUUCAGCCCGGCGAGGAAGAGGAAGCUAGUGGAGGAGGAGGUGGAGGAAGAGUAA